AUGAAGGAUUCCAAUUCAAAACAAGCAUCUACUCAAAGCAACCAGGAGAGGUGCAUUUCCUUUGUAGAGGAAGAAUGUAAUUUAGAAAAUGGAGAUAUUGAAAACUUUCGGAGGGCCUGCAAGCAAGGCAAAAUAUGGAAUGAAAACUCCACAAAGAUGCUCAUAGCACUUUGUAAAAAAUUUAUCGACCAGUUUGAAACUGGAGUUCAAAAACAUGUAUGGAAAAAACUAUCUUUAGAAUUAACAAAAAAAUGUCAAAGAAUUUAUACGUAUCAACAAUGUGAUACAAAAUUUAAAGUUUUAAAAAAUAUGUACAAGUCUGUGAGAAAAUAUAAUAGCCAGUCUGGAAAUAAUAAAAAAGGUUGGGAAUAUUAUGGCCUAAUGGGUGAUAUUAUGUUCAAUAAGCCACAGAUAUGUCCGGUUGCUACAUGCUCUAGUGCAAGAGGCCUAAUUACAAAUGGACUUCAGGAGCAGGAUACCAAUAUUGAAGUAUCUCGCCCAUCUGGUUAGUAAUAGAAUAAACUUAAUAAUAUUAUUACCUUUUCCUUCUUGGAUCCAAUCCUAAAGUAUAACUAGUACUCCUAUCUGAAAUAUCCAUUAAGUAUGUGAUAUUUAAAACUAGCUUAAACUUAAAAUACCUUGGUAAAUAAAAUAGACGAGUACUUUAAUUACUUUUAAUAAAAUGCACCAGAAAGGUAUUAAAGUAAUUAUACACACUAAGUACUUGUCCAUGUCAUUUACCUAAAAAAAUUAAAUACAUUUACAGCAUGUAGCACUCCACUAUCAGCACGAGAGUUGGAUGAAAAUUCUACUACAACGAAUGUAAUGAGGAAGAGGAAACAUUAUGAAAAUACCACCAAGACAUCAAGAAAAGAUGUCUAGAUAAGAUCGUUAUUUGAGCCUUCUUGAACGAAUAACUGUG